UGCGACAAACAACGCGUAGGAAGAGUGCCAACACCGAAAACCUGUAUGCUGCGCAGCCACUAGAAGAGGGCGAACGUGAAACUGAAAAAUCAAUUAAAACAAGUGAAAAUGACGCACAAACCGCCUUAUACUCAUCGGCGCGUCGAUUGACACGUACUCAACUGGCUAUAAUGGAGAAAUCGGCUGCACUUAGCAGAAAUGCACCGGCAGUGGGACCGCGCAGUGGUGCAUCCAUAUCACCACCCAUACCGAAGCGCGCCAGCAAGCGCCGUAGCUCGCGGUCCACUGUGCAGGACAGCGAUGAUGUCGAAUCGAUUUCAUCACACCAAAGUAAUGUUUCAGGCACACCGAAGCGUCGUGUAACGCGAAGUUCGAUGAAGGAUAAGGAGGAAAAGGAUGAUGAUUUGGCGAGUAUUGCCAGCUCAUUGGGCAGUGAACGUAUACGUGCGCGGCGCUCCAAAGAGGCAAAAAGCUCGCCGAGUACUACUUUAAGUACCAUACAAGAAGAUGAAGCGGAAGAAGCGGGACGAAGGAAACGUUCUAAGCCAAUCAAAAAUCGGUAGUUUAAGCCCAACAGAGAGCCCAGUCCGUAAGGCCAACACUAAAUUUAUAAAAUAUACAUAGUUUUGUUGUUGCAGUGUGAAAUUGGUGGAAAAUGCCAAUAAACGAGAAACCUUAUCGUACUACCGAAGAAUAAACAUUUUUAUUUUAUUUUU